AUGGAAACUGUGGAUAUACAAGCUGUUGAAUCAAAAUUGAGUGAUGUAACAGUUACAGCAAUUCCAAUGAAUAUUGUUAAACAAUCAACAACUACGUCUUCUAGUAAACCAGAACCUUCUACAGCAGUACCAGGUCAAUCAAAAUAUACCGAACUUUUAGCAGUAUUAGAAGAAAUGGGAAGAGAAGUUCGACCAACUUACGCAGGCAGUAGAAGUUCUGCUGAACGACUCAAGCGUACCAUAGUAAGUGCAAGAUAUUUAGUGAGGGAAUGUUUGCUCGAAGCAAGUAAAGGCAAACAGUAG